AUGACUAUUGAUGAUAGUACUAUCGAUAUUCAUCUUACAAAACUUGUUGAUUGGUUAGUUGAUCGUCGACAUUGUUCAAAAGAUUGGAAUGAACAAUCAGUAGCUAUUCGAGCUAAAGUUCGACAAGCUCUUCUAGAUAUGCUCGAACAUGAUGAAAUCAAACGAUUACUUGGCUCUUCAUAUUUGGAUUAUUUUUGUUGUCUUAAAAUUGUUGAGACAUUAAAAGAAACAGAAAAAGAAAGUAAAAAUAUGUUUGGCAUGUAUUCAUCAUAA